GCGUCGGCCAUCUUUUUUGCUUUGCAACACUUUUCGUGGCUUUCUUGAACCGCAAAGUGCGUGUGCUCGCGUGUGGUGCCGGUGAAAAAGUGCAAAUUUAGGCAGCAAACAAUCGUUUUCAUCGAUCCGGUUGGCGGCUUUUCAUCGCUGGUAUCGUCAGCGACUAGUUUGUGGUUGGUUCUCAAAAGGUGUGCAUCUUCGGUCCGGUUGAUUUUGAUUUGGAAAGUUUGAAAAAGUGAUGGAUACCGAUAGCGAGCAGCAGAACAAUCGGGAGCGGUCUCGUCGCAAUGAUCGCGGCCGGCAGAGUUCCCGUUUCAGCAACGACCGGGACCGUAGCCGUGAUCGUGACCGUGGCGAUUGCCGUCGCAUCUACGUCUCGAACGUCCCGUACGAAUACCGCUGGCAGGAUCUAAAGGAUCUGUUCCGCAAGGAGGUCGGCGACGUGUCGUUCGUUGAGCUGUUCCACGACGAGAACAACAAGCCAAGAGGCUGCGGAAUCGUGGAGUUUGAAAAGGCCGAACAUGUGCAGUCCGCUCUCGACAAAAUGAAUCGCUUCGAUAUCAACGGUCGGCAGCUGGUCAUCAAGGAGGACUACGGGAACGAGCGGGACAAGUACGGCCGCGUUGUACCCAAGUCGUUCCGUGGGGAUCGUGACGAUAGCAGCCGGCGUCGGGAUCGCGAUGAUGAUCGAAUUUCGGGACGUGAUGAUGGCGGUGGUUUCAAUCCGGACUUCAAUACCUACGGUCUCAGCAUCAAGUUCUUGGAAGGUCUCGGCAUUCAGGGACCUCUGCAUACCCGUAUCUUCAUCGCCAAUCUUGAUUACAAGGUCGAUGCUAAAAAGCUCAAGCAGGUCUUCAAGAUGGCCGGCAAGGUCCAGAAUGUGGACCUGUCUGUCGACAAAGACGGCAACAGCCGAGGUUUCGCAGUCGUUGAGUACGAUCAUCCGGUCGAGGCCGUCCAGGCAAUCUCGAUGUUUGACAGGCAAAUGUUGUUCGACCGUCGCAUGACCGUUCGUCUUGAUCGCGUACCGGAGAAGGGUGAGCUUAAUCGUCUGCCGGAGGGUUUGAAGGGUAUCGGCAUUGGUCUGGGUCCGAACGGCGAACCACUAAAGGACGUGGCUCGCAAUCUUCCCACGUUGCAGCAGAACAAUCAGUCUCAGAACAAUCCCAUCCAAAACGCUGCUCCGACUCCGGUUCAACCUCCACUUGGUGCAAACUUGUUGAGCGCUGCUUCCGGAUUGAACAGCAAUCUUGCCGCUCAGCUUAGCAGCGUCGUGGGCCUGUCCAAUUUAACGGGUAACUUGCAGAAUUCUCUCUUGAGUAAUGCUGCUGCUGGUUUGUCGAACUUGACUGGCUUGAGUAAUCUUACCGGCGGAGGCGGCGGUGGGCUUAGUGGACUCGGUGGAACCGGUGGUUCCGGUUUGGCAGGUCUUGGUUCCCUUGGUGGAGGAGGAAACGAUGGCGGACUCGGCGGCGGUAGCUUCAAUCAGAACUACUCUUCUGGAGCAUUUGGAGGCAGCGGUGGUGGCAACCGUGGAAACGACUACGACAUGGGAUCAUCGAAUGUCCGCAACUACAGCACUGCCCCGAAUGACGACUAUGGCCGGAGCUACGGCGGCGGCGGCGGCAUGAAUAACGGAGGCAACCGCAAAACUUCUGACACGAUUGUUAUUCGCAAUAUGCCAAUCUCCUGGACAUGGCAGACACUGCGUGACAAAUUCCGUGAUGUCGGAGAAGUCAAGUUUGCCGAAAUUCGUGGACAGGACACUGGCGUCGUUCGCUUCGCCAAGGAGCGAGAUGCUGAGGUUGCCAUAAAAUUGAUGGACGGUUCUCGUUUCGAUGGUCGCACCGUUGAUGUCACAUUCUUCUAAGCAGCACCAUAGUAGGAGGUUGUUCGCUCCCGUAUUUACUUCCAGUACAGAGAAACAUAACCCUUUUGAGCUACAUUAGCUAUACAUUUUAGUAGGAUGAGUGGGUGUCUUUUGUCUCUCACGUAGGAACCUUUGCAAAGGACGACGCUUUUCUUUCCUGGAACACCAAAUUAUUUUGCGAUUGUCCGUUGCAUCGUUUUGGUUGACUGUUUUUUCGUUUGCCCGUAUCAAGAAAAGUGUCGAAGGCGAGAAAAGUUUCUGGUAGUAUCGAAAAAGUUCGAUAUUGUUUUUCUUUUACAGCGUUGCAUUAGUUGUGACCACCGGCUAGUAUUUGACAAAUUUCACUUCAGUGUUUUGGACGAUUUUUUGAACGAAAUUGUUUUGGGGCAACAUCUUUGUUUUACUUCAGCAACUAGAGGGAUGAUCGUCAAAGGCAAUUGUCCAUUUUACAGCAUAGAUUAGAGUUUAGCUUAAGUUAUAAUACUGCGAUGGUUCUGAACUGAUAUUCUGGCAUUAGGAAUAAACUGAUUACUCCACAUAAAGGCAUGUAAAUGACGACAUCAGUAACAACUGUCCUUAUUCGUUUGAUUCCUUUCUACGUCGGACAUGGGCGCCUCCGGUAAUUCAGUUUGUAGUGUUGCACUCCUAGGCUCUAGUAAUUACAACCAGUCUACGAGAAAAUAUUACCAUCUACAACUUGAACUUCAAGGUACCUACUCGUAUAUAUUCCAACUGCGGUAUGCAAAUAAAUGGUAACGAAUAAAGAUUAGUGAGAAAGUA